GGAAAAGGAGGAACACAAAGCAGUGUAAAGAGAAGCUGAAGUGUUCCUAACUCUUCCGUGUCUAAUGCGUCUGGCUCUCAUCAUGUCUCUUUCUCUGCUUCUGUUCUUCAUUCAGUUCUUGAGUCCGUCUCUCCAGCAGUUUCCUCGGCCGUGCACUACACCGGACGUCCUGCGGAGCAAGCGCUGCUGUCCGGUUUGGCCGGGCGACGGUUCGGUGUGCGGCUCCCUGUCGGGUCGAGGCUUCUGCCAGGACGUCACGGUCUCCGAUCUUCCCAACGGGCCGCAGUACCCACAUUCAGGCCUGGACGACCGCGAGCAAUGGCCUCUGGUGUUUUACAACCAAACCUGCCAGUGUGCUGGAAACUACAUGGGCUUCGACUGCGGCGAGUGCAAGUUCGGUUACUUCGGUGCAAACUGCGGGGAACGACGGGAAUCUGUGCGCAGAAGCAUCUUCCAAUUAUCCGUGUCUGAAAGGCAGAGGUUCAUCUCGUACCUCAAUCUGGCCAAAACUACAGUCAGCCCUGAUUAUAUGAUCGUGACGGGUGUGUACUCACAGAUGAACAACGGUUCGACGCCCAUGUUCACCAACAUCAGCGUGUACGAUCUGUUCGUCUGGAUGCACUAUUACGUGUCCCGUGAUGCGCUGCUCGGGGGUCCCGGGAACGUUUGGGCCGACAUUGACUUUGCACAUGAAUCGGCUGCGUUUCUGCCCUGGCAUCGCGUUUACCUGCUGUUCUGGGAGCAUGAGAUCCGGAAGCUGACUGGUGACUUUAACUUCAACAUCCCGUACUGGGACUGGCGUGAUGAACAAGACUGUCAGGUGUGUACGGAUGAGCUGAUGGGGGCGCGCAGUCCUCUCAACCCCAACCUCAUCAGCCCGUCCUCGGUGUUCUCCUCCUGGAAGGUGAUCUGUUCACAACCAGAAGACUACAACCAGCGUGAGGUUUUGUGUGACGGGUCUCCAGAGGGACCAUUACUGCGUAAUCCAGGGAACCACGACCGAAACCGUGUCCCGCGUCUGCCCACCUCCGCAGACGUGGAGUCAGUGCUGAGCCUGACAGAGUACGAGACGGACCUGAUGGACAGACGCGCCAACAUGAGCUUCAGGAACGCUCUGGAAGGUUUUGCGAGUCCUGAGACGGGGUUGGCAGUAACGAGUCAGAGCUUGAUGCACAACUCCUUACACGUCUUCAUGAACGGAUCCAUGUCUUCAGUGCAGGGAUCCGCCAACGACCCCAUUUUCCUUCUACAUCAUGCCUUUAUCGACAGCAUCUUUGAGCAAUGGCUGAGGAGACACCAGCCCCCCCGCACACACUACCCGACCACCAACGCCCCGAUCGGACACAACGACGGCUACUACAUGGUCCCCUUCAUCCCCCUCUACAGAAACGGAGAUUAUUUCCUCUCGACUAAAGCUCUGGGAUAUGAAUAUGCAUAUUUACAGGACCCGAGUCAGCGGUUUGUGCAGGAGUUUCUGACGCCGUAUCUAGAGCAAGCUCAGCAGAUCUGGCACUGGCUGCUGGCCGCAGGGCUCCUCGGGGCGGCCGUGGCAGGAAUUAUUGCAACUAUUAUCACCGUGGCGUGUCGCAGACGCCAGAAGAGGCGAAAGUCAUCGGUGUACGGGGAGAGACAGCCGCUGCUGAACAGCAGUGAAGAGGAGGGAUCGACUUCAUAUCAGACUACACUGUGAAUCAGAGCAUAACCCUACAGACACAUGUCAGCGAGGACAGAUUUGCCAAACUGACGGAAAAAAGACACAUUAGUCAGGUCAUGUGACAAACUGGAGUCAUGCAACAAGGGCUGCGCUCAGAAUCUUACUAUAAUGUGCUCUACAUACAAUACUGUUCAAACGUUUGGGGUCAGUAAGAUUUUAUUCAUGCAUUAAAUUGAUCA